CUUUUCAAUUGCUAUUCCUCGUCACACAAGCACUUCAGCUCAACAAACUUUUUACUUGCUAUUCCUUGUCACACAAGCACUUCAACUCAACAAAGUUGCCGCCGGUUUACGUUCUCCCAUUCUCCGGCGACGUUACUCCUCAAUCUUCCUAUGGAUUGAUAGUAAUCUUUUAUCAACCUCAAAUUUCUGGUAAGAGUGAAGAAAGUGCAAGAAGAAAAGGAACAAAUGGGAAAGGAGAAAGCAGAGGCUUGUCUCUACACAAUGAUCAAGGUAGCUCGUGAUGAAGACCUUGCUGAACAAAUUGGAAAGGAGAUUUAUUUUGAUCUUGUGGACCAUGAUAAAGUGCGUACUUUUAGUAUUGAGAAACAGAUGCCAUUUACUCAAUUGAAGGAGGAAGUUGCUAAGGCAUUUGGUAUACCAGUGCAAUUUCAACGUUACUGGAUAUGGGCAAAGCGCCAGAACCAUACGUAUCGGCCUUAUCGUGCAUUGACAGAUCAAGAAGAAAUUCAACCGGUUGGUGAACUGAGAGAGGUUUCAAAUAAAUGGAACAAUGAUGAGCUAAAACUUUUUCUGGAAGUAGAAUUAUGCCUGGAUUUGCGACCUUUACAUCCACCAGGGAAGGCGACCAGGGAAGAAAUCCUUCUAUUUUUAAAACUUUAUGACCCUCUGAAAGAGACGAUUAGGUAUGUUGGACAUCUUUUUGUAAAAGGAAGUGGCAAGCCGCUGGAGAUAAAAACAAAGCUGAAGGAGUUGGCUGGCUUUUCGCCUGAUGAAGAAAUUGAACUCUUUGAGGAAAUAAAAUUCGAACCUAGUUUGAUGUGUGAAAAGAUCGACAGUAUGUUGAGUUUUUGUGAGGGCCAGCUAGAAGAUGGGGAUAUAAUUUGCUUUCAGAAAUCCCUUCGAAAUCAAUGCACUGAACAAUAUCGCUUUCCUGAGGUUCCUUCAUUUUUGGAGUACAUCCAGGUAAGAGCGAAUAAAGAGCAAGAAGAAAUGGUACAAAAGGGAAAGGAGAAAGCAGAGGCUUGUCUCUACACAAUGAUCAAGGUAGCUCGUGAUGAAGACCUCGCUGAACAAAUUGGAAAGGAGAUUUAUUUUGAUCUUGUGGACCAUGAUAAAGUGCGUACUUUUUGUAUUGAUAAACAGAUGCCAUUUACUCAAUUGAAGGAGGCAGUUGCUAAGGCAUUUGGUAUACCGGUGCAAUUUCAACGUUAUUGGAUAUGGGCAAAACGCCAGAACCACACGUAUCGGCCUGAUCGUGCAUUGACAGCUCAAGAGGAAACCCAACCGGUUGGUGAACUGAGAGAGGUUUCAAAUAAAUGGAACAAUGAUGAGCUAAAACUUUUUCUGGAAGUAGAAUUAUGCCUGGAUUUGCGACCUUUACAUCCAGCAGGGAAGACGACCAGGGAAGAAAUUCUUCUAUUUUUUAAACUUUAUGACCCUCUGAAAGAGACGAUUAGGUAUGUUGGACAUCUUUUUGUAAAAGGAAGUGGCAAGCCGCUGGAGAUAAAACAAAGCUGAAGGAGUUGGCUGGCUUUUCGCCUGAUGAAGAAAUUGAACUCUUUGAGG